UCAUCAGACUGCACUGCAGAGAAGCGCAGAAGAGAUUUCCAGGGAUCAUCGAGUCAGGGACUGGGGCGAUCCACGGGGGAUAUUAGUGUCGUGACUACCAGCAACAAAACUGUACCUUCGUGUGUAUAUAUAUAUUUUUGGGGUCUCUCAACUCAACACCCAAAUUCAAAAUGAAGGAAAGGAGAAGUAUACAGCCAUCGGUGGUGCGGUGUAAACUUGUCCUGGUAGGGGAUGUUCAGUGUGGAAAAACGGCGAUGUUGCAGGUCCUGGCCAAAGACAGCUACCCAGAGACGUAUGUCCCGACUGUGUUUGAAAACUACACCGCCUGUCUGGAGCUGGAAGACCACCGAGUCGAGCUCAGCCUUUGGGACACAUCAGGGUCCCCCUAUUAUGACAACGUCCGUCCUUUGUGCUACAGCGAUUCGGAUGCUGUCCUCCUGUGUUUUGAUAUCAGCCGCCCGGAAACCAUCGACAGCGCUCUUAAAAAGUGGAAGGCAGAAAUCCUGGACUACUGCCCUAGCACCCGAAUCCUCCUGAUUGGUUGCAAGACUGAUCUGCGAACGGAUGUCUGCACUUUAAUGGAACUGUCCAAUCAGAAGCAAGUACCCCUCUCUCACGAGCAGGGUACCGCCGUCGCUAAGCAACUGGGAGCCGAGGCCUACCUGGAGUGUUCAGCCUUCACCUCUGAGAAGAGCGUCCACAGCGUCUUUCGAACGGCCUCGCUGGCCUGCCUGAACAAACUGAACCCCAAAACCAAGCCGAGCCCCACUCGCCGGCUAUCCAAGAGACUGCUGCACCUGCCCAGCAAAUCAGAGUUCAUCACAUCCACCUUCAAGAAAGAGAAAGCCAGGAGCUGCUCGGUCAUGUAAAAACAGGACCAUCCUAAAGAAAACCGUGAGGCGUCAUUCAUUUAGCACAGCGCUUCCCAUCUCCUCAACAGACCAGGCUUUUGUUUAAAACAGCUGAAUUGAUUUCUUGAUUUCUCCUCCGAGGAGAGCAGAAGACCAUUUUAAGCAAGAUGGCUUGUUCCCGAAUUGCACCCUGGGCUGUGUUUUGAAACAAGUGUCGCAGGCAGUGCCCUUGUUGGCAAGUCUAGGUUAGGAGCGUGUAAGCUUUUGCCUAAAGUGAACCUAGUUUAAGCAGCUUUCUUGGGUGCAUGUUUCACAAGAAUUUGCCAUAAAUGAUAUUCGCAGAACAGUCUGUCACUGUAUUGAAGUCCUGGUCUGUUGUCUGAACUGAGUUUGAGAAGCGUUGCUGUAGCAAGCGACCGGACCGCGCAAUGUGAAAAUGUUAUGCUGAAAACCGAGGACUGAUGGGAAGGGGGGGGUGAAAUGGGGCUUUAAAGCGACGGGCUGGACCUGUCUGACCAAAAGUUAUUUUUCCAUUUCAAGUCGGAGAGAGAACAAAGUCAAAUUUUUAAUUUGGCUGAAUUUAUUUUAUUUUUUUUUUUUUCUUCUGAAGUUAAUUGCCUUGGCGCUGUGGACGGCUCCUUUUUAGCCUUUGACUUCAGGAAGCGAUUUGCACAGAGACUUUUGAUUGGGCAUGCGCUGGAUUCUUCUGCGUUGCCUAGCGACUGGCAAAGGGGAUGUGGAUUCGGAAAGCCGAGAGAGGAAGGAUUAUCUUGCAGAAUAAAAGGGGGACUUGUUAUCAGUGUUCAUUGUAGCAAACAUCCUGCUGAAUAAGAAUACACAUCUGGCUGUACAUAUCCUGUUUUAUAAUCUUUGCAAAACUCCAGGAUAAUGUUGGAAGGGGGGGCAAAUUGAAAAAUGUGAUUUUGAUGUAAAAUACUG